ACCCGGAAGUGGUUAUCCGCGGGACGAUUACUCGAAAAUAUUUUCAAAGACAAUAGAACAUGUGUUUAUGAACAUUUUAUUUCUUCCGUUAAUCAUUUACAGAGAAAUGGCUUCUCCGAACCAUAAUCCCGGUGUAGCAGGGACAGUCACGGUGACGGCUUCGCCAGCUGGUAAAACACAGACUUUGGUGGUGGCUUCUAGCCCGGCCGGGCUCCGCGGUAAGAAGCGACCUGCUAACACGGCCACCUCUCCUGCUCUACCGGCCAGUGGGAACAACAGCAAGAAGAAGAAGCAGCCCAUCGCAAACCAGACACAAGCUCAGGUGGCUGCAGUGGAGGCGGUGUCUGAGGGGAAGGCAGUGGGCGUGUCUGACGCUGUAGCUCCAGCCACAACGGACCCUGCAGCCAAACCCCUGCCCUUCAAAGACCCCAUAUUUGUGCAUUCAGGGAUAGGGGGAGCUGCAGCAGGAAAAAAGAACCGAACCUGGAAAAACUUGAAACAGAUCCUGUCAGUGGAACGGACUCUACCCUGGAAGAUCAAUGACCCCAAUUACUACAGCAUCGAUGCCCCCCCCUCCCUGAAGCCAGCCAAGAAAUACUCAGACAUCUCUGGACUCCCUGCCAACUACACGGACCCCCAGACCAAGCUGAGGUUCACGUCAUCUGAGGAGUUCUCCUUCCUGCGCCUGCUCCCCACUGACGCCGUCACCGGUUACCUGGCGCUCCGCAAGGCCACCUGCAUUGUACCCUGACCGAAAGGCCUGCUGGGAGAUGGGAGUUCAGCCAGUCUCUGUCCUGGCCAGGGAGGGACAUUGACCAUUAGGGAGAACAACACAACACUGACCUUUGAUCAGUUUCCACUGUCUAGGAGGCGUCUGAGACUCUCGGGGAGAGGGACCAACAGUGACUGUUACAAAGAGAGGGAACUCACACUCUCACACAGACUGAAAACCAAUAGAGACCUUGGACCCCAUUUCAACAACAAGGAAGCGUCUGUAGUGUCAAGAGACUGUAUCACGCCCAAUCUGGCCGAUGUCAUGAUGGGGAUUUGAUGAUCACAUUCAGUAGAUUGAAGACCUUUAGAGUUAUCUGCUGUCUACACAGACCUUUUGAGUUAGCUACUGUCUACAGGAAAAACAAACAAGUGAAUAACUUGACCCUCCUAUGAUGAUUGCUCCAUGAUCUGUCUGAAAUCAUCACGUUUCUAUGUGUUUCUCAUGUUGCUGUGUGAUGAUAGUGUUGCUACUUGUUUUAUCUGCCCUCUGUAAGAUAACACCACAACACUCAACAUAUUGUUACCUGUUUUUUUAUUUAUUUAAAAAACAAAAUACUUAUCAUCCUUACUCAAUAAACUAGUUGUGGCACA